CUUCGCUCCUGCGCUCGGCUCGCAAUGCCGCUUUUCAUAAACCGAGACCAGAUAUUCGCUCACCAGGUCCACCUGCUGGAGCACAAGUUGCGGACUAAAGAGGAACGGAUUCUGGAGCUGGAGACGGAGAAUGCGCUUCUUCACCUGCGGCUCGCCGAGUGUCUUGGAAAACUUCGCAAAGCUCAGGAAGAGGAGGCUGAUGCCCACAGAUGUCCAGGGCAUGGGAGCCAUGUCCAGAAGAGAACCCAGGCUGCUCUCAGGAAGAUCCUCACUGAAGUCCAGGUCCUGAAGCAAGGCCUGCGGGACGUGUUUGCCGUCUACCUGGGCUUCUCCACAGAGCUGGGGCUCCAGAGCAAAGAGCUGCUGGACAAAGUGGCUGAAGCAAACAGUGCCGUCCAGGAGCACGACUCCCACAUGCACUCCUUGCGAAGUCAUGUGGAGAUGCUGGAGAAGUCCCUCCAAGAGGAAAAGGAGCACUGCAAGGAGGAGAGAUUGAGGAGGAAGGUCCUCCACAACACUCUUGUUGAGCUGAGAGGAAACAUCAGGGUUCAUUGUCGAGUGCGGCCCAUCUUGCCGUUUGACGGCGGUCUGAGCUGCCCUGCUUAUGUCUUUGGGUCUGCUUUAUCAGAGCAAGUGAUACGUGCAAUCAGUGAUGACACCAUUCUUGUGAAUUCUUCCAAAGCUGGAAGCUCAACAGUGAACAAAAUGUUUGACUUUGACAGGGUACAUGGGCCAGAAGACACCCAAGAUGCGGUGUUUGAGGAAGUACGGCCGCUGCUUACCUCCUUGCUUGAUGGUUACAAUGUCUGCAUCGUGGCGUACGGACAGACGGGCAGUGGGAAAACACACACGAUGAUUGGCUCUCUGGCCGAGGAGCCCGUGAAUCCUGAGGACGCCCCCUUGCAAGGCAUCAUCCCCAAGGCUGCUGCUGAGCUCUUCAGGCUGAUCUCGGAAAAGCCAGCUGAGAGCCACGUGGUGGAGGUGUCUGUGGUGGAAGUGUACAAUAAUGAGGUGUUCGACCUGCUAUCCAGAGACUCUGAGGGAGCAGCCGUUGGAACCAAGAGGGAUGUCAUUACCACCAGUACUGGCACCAGUGAGGUGACCUCCCUCACUUACGAGAUGGUGCAGAGCCCGGCGGAAGUCAUGCAGCACAUCAGCUCUGUGCUCCACCUGAGAGCCCGCAGCUCAACUCUCAUCCACAGAGACUCCUCCCGCUCACACCUCAUAGUGACCCUCACUGUCACGUCCAAGAGCCCCAGUGCCGUCGCUCUGGCCCGCAGGCUGCAGAGCGUCCAGCAGGAGCUUCAGCGUGGCUCUCAGAAGGAGUGGUGGAGUCCUCGCUGUCGCAGGGCCACCGUCAGCCGUGCUGCUAGCCCCGCCUGUUCGCCAUACCACUCCCCCUCCCACUCCCCCUGCCCCUCGCCCAGGCCAAGCAUCACCCAGGCCCCCAUGAGAACCAAGUUACAGCUGGUGGAUCUGGCUGGCAGCGAGUGUGUUGGUGUGUCCGGGGUGACGGGGCCAGCGCUGUGGGAGACAUCCUGCAUCAACCGCAGCCUGUCUGCUCUCUCCGACGUUCUGGGGGCCCUUGCCGAGCAGCGGCCCCACGUGCCCUUCCGCAACAGCAAGCUCACGCACCUGCUACAGGACUCAAUUGGAGGAGAUGCCAAGCUGCUCGUGAUGCUCUGCGUGUCUCCAUCUCAGCGGUUCCUGACCGAGACCCUUCAGACCCUGGGCUUUGGCGCCAGGGCUCGCCAAGUACACAGGCCACCGCCACGGAGAAAAAAUGCUGCUCUCAAACUAAAAUGAAAGAUAUGGAUCCAGCCUGCAGGCAUCUGAAUUGGAGAUAUGGGUGUCACAAAGAAACUCUGGGCCACAUUCAUGUAAAAGAUACACAGUUAAUUAUUUGUACAUUUAAUGGAAUGAAAUGGACUUCCA